UUCUAGGUUGGCACAAUUUUCCACGAGCUUUCCUUCUAGGUUGGUACAAUUUUCCACGAGCCUAUUUUCUAGCUUGGCUGAGUUUUCUAAAAGAUCGGCACAAUUUUCCAUGAGCUUUCCUUCUAGCCUAUUUUCUAGCUUGGCUGAGUUUUCUAAAAGAUCGGCACAAUUUUCCAUGAGCUUUCCUUCUAGGUUGGUACAAUUUUCUACGAGCUUGUCUUCUAACUUGUUCGAAAGGUUUUGCAGCAUUAAACCAAUAAUAUACUCUGCACCGGUAAAAAUGAAAAUAUCCGGGUCCUCAGCUUCCUCAAUCAGUGCUUGA